UCUCGGUACAUUCGAGUUAGAGCAAUUGACCUGGCCAUUUCGCUUCCCGCUGUUCAGUAGUGGUGUGUUGGUGUCUUUUUAGAGUCAGUGUUGCCAUAAAAUAGAGGAAAAAUGGCGUUAAAGUUGGUGCUGGUCUGCCUGGCCCUAGCAGCGUGUGCGCACGCGCGUCUCUUCACGCUAUACCGGCCGUCAGAUGCGCAGGCGGCGCCUACGCUGCACGUCCAGCCGCGCCUCGGCUUCGACCACCACCACAUAUCUGAGGACGAACACGUUGACUAUUAUGCGUACCCAAAGUACGUUUUCAAGUAUGGAGUGAAUGACUUUCACACUGGCGAUAUUAAGACGCACCACGAAAGCCGAGAUGGAGAUGUUGUAAAAGGUCAAUAUACCGUAGUCGAGCCGGACGGUUCCCUCCGCACGGUCGACUACACCGCCGACAAGCACAACGGUUUCAACGCCGUCGUCCACAAGACCGCGCCCAUAUCGCAACACGAAGCUGCACAUUUGCACCACCAUUAGAUUAAGUAAUAAUCAGUUCUGAAUUUCAAAGAAAACAGGAUAAAAUUAGGACCGCCAGAUUGUGCUAAUGAACCCUUAAUUAGAUUGCUUUAGGGCCAGUUCACAAGAGAGCGUCUACCUACUUUUUGCGAACUGAAGGGUCGUUUUUAAAUCCAAUCGUGCACGUAAAGUAGAUGCAGCAAUAUGAAUAGGCGUUAGGUGAUUUACGAAGAACGUAAUAUCCUACUUUUGAUUUGUUAGGCUUGGACUGUUUGUACAUUGUGGAAUUGUCGGAUCGUGGUUGGUGUUAAGAAAUGACACUCAUACAUAAAUGUUGAAUCUAGCCUUUUAAAAAGGAUUUAAACCUGUGAGUGGUCUACAUAAUGAAAUUCAAUUACAGGUUUAAUUCCUGAAUUCUAAUCGAGUAUUUAGUGUUAUUUCGUAACAGUGACCAGCUUUCUAUAGUGCUGUUUACACUGAAUUUCAGGCUUCACGAAAUAAAGUCAAAGGACGCGGUACUUUUAAAAUAUAUAUCUGCGUUGAAUAUACACACGUGCUAAGAUAUUUCUGAUCAUUUUUGAGUUUUCAGGACAAGUUUAUGUAACAUAGAGAACGAUUUUUGUUUAAAAAAAAACACAAUUUGAUGAAUUGCUUUAGGAUAUUUUAUCAACUAUUAUUAGAUAUCAGUUAGGACUAAAUUAGAUUGUGACAAUAGUCUAUGAUCGUGUUAAAUUAGUUGACUUGUAAAAGCAAACGGUUGAUUCAGAGUUGCCAUUCAUUUUUUUUUAUUAGUGACAUACGUAUUUAGAUAAUGGUUGUUUAACAAUAUGUUUUAUUUGAAAUUCAGAAUCAGUUGCAAAUAAUGAUGUGAUGUAUCGAUAUUACAUGUUUUAGUAUAAGUUUUAUUGUUGAUUUUUGCCUAUUUAAUAUUAGGUCCUACUAAGACCAAUAUUUUGUUAUCUUGUCUAAUUUAUAUU